AAGCCACAGCGCGAAACGUACACCAUGAUCCUGAGGGUGGUCAUAGCGUUAGCCUUUUGUGCGCCGCACACGCACACGGCAAGGAUUCUUAUUGUCGUGCCCACACCGUCAUACUGCCAUCAGCUGAUCUUCCGCCCAAUAAUCGAAGAGCUAAUCAAGAACCAUCAAGUAACAUUUAUAACCACGAACCCAGCGUAUCCGAAGGGAGAUACCCCACGGAACCUCACGGAAAUCGACACGGGUCCGAUCUCUUACUCGAUGUGGAGCCCGGAAUUUUCAAUAGCUAAAUUCGGGAAAGACAAAUUUAUUUACGACGGCGUAAAUGUUACUUUUGAGGUUAUGCCGAAGAUAUUUGCAGAGCAACUUCGUUUGGCGGAUGUUGAGAAAUUGAUCCGUAAUACCCAAUUCGAUCUGCUAAUUUUAGAAGCUUGGUUCCGACCGAUAUUGAUCUGGUCGUACCUGUACAAAGUUCCAGUGCUGCUGGUCAGUUCCAUGGGCACUGCUCCUGGUAACCCUGAAACCAUGGGCCUGCCCAACCAUUGGACUUAUCACCCUUCGUUAUUUCAUCAGAAGAUCUACGACCUAACGACCUCGGAAAGGAUUAGCGAAAUACUUAGAUAUCUACACGUGCAAUCGGUUUUUGAUGCGAACGAGGCCAGAGAGGAUGAGAUUUUAAAAGGUAUUUUCAAUGAUGCACCUCCUCUCAGGAGUUUAAGGAGGAACGUGGACGCCAUGCUCUUGAAUUUGAACCCGUUGUGGGACAAUAACCGUCCUUUGCCGCAGAACGUUCAUUACAUCGGGAAUAUCAAUCGUAAUCCUGCGAAGGAAUUGCCAAGGGUGAGUUUUGUGAUUUCACGUAAGGUUUUGUGUUAUUCGUAAAGACUGACAGGCAUACGACCCGGAUGGAAGUCAGUGAAGAUCGUGCCCAUCGCUGAGGGAUCUCUCACAGGCGGUAUUUCAGCGGCGCAGUUAUGCUGGGAAAGUACAGCUUGAAUUACAGAAUACUAAACUCUUCACUCACCUGCUGUUCUUUUAGUCCUCGUCAGCGGUAGGGUUCCUCAAUGGUUAUUUCAGCGGCGAAAGGGAGGCGAGUACUUUUAAUAAUAAUAAAAACUGUCGUAUUAUGCGAUAGGGGUGCAAAAAGCGGGCUUAAUUUACUUAAUAAUGCUCGCAUAUUGCGUGAUGCUCGUAGAGCAGCAGGAAUGCGAAUGUGUCGUGGGUGAGUUCAAAAUUCAAAAUUACAUUCUUUGGCGAUCGAUUUAUGAAAAUCUACAUAUUAAUACGUGAAGGAAAAACUUUGUAUCCCUUUUUACGAAAAUUGCGCGGACGGAGGAGUAUGAAAUUUCCCACACUUAUAGAGAAUAUAGAGAAGUAGUGCAGAAUGUUAAUAUUUUUUUAAAUUAUGCCUAAAAAAUACAUUAAAUCAAUAAAAAAAACAUUACACACACUACCAUGUAUUUGACGA